AUGGCGGCCGCGUCGGGGUCAGUUCGCCUGCAGCGGUGCGUGGUGUCGCCGGCGGGGAGGCACAGCGCCUCUCUGAUCUUCCUGCACGGCUCAGGUGAUUCUGGACAAGGAUUGAGAAGGUGGAUCAAGCAGGUUUUAAAUCAAGAUUUAACGUUCCCACACAUCAAAAUUAUUUAUCCAACAGCUCCUCCCAGACCAUAUACUCCUAUGAAAGGAGGGAUCUCCAACGUGUGGUUCGACAGAGUGAGGAUAUCGAACGACUGCCCGGAGCACCUUGAGUCCAUCGAUGCCAUGUGCCAGGUGCUGACAGAGUUGAUUGAUGACGAAGUGAACAGUGGCAUCAAGAAGAACAGGAUCUUAAUAGGAGGGUUUUCGAUGGGCGGGUGCAUGGCCAUGCACGUGGCGUAUAGAAAUCAUCGGGACGUGGCUGGAGUGUUUGCGCUUUCCAGUUUCCUGAAUAAGACGUCUGCUGUUUACCAGGCCCUGGGGCAGCGCGGCGGCGAGCUCCCGGAGCUGUUCCAGUGCCACGGGGCCGCGGACCAGCUCGUCCUGCACGCCUGGGGCCAAGAGACCAACGCGGCCCUACGCUCCCUGGGCGUGCGCACGACGCUCCAUACGUUCCCGGGGCUUCACCACGAGCUGAGCACAGAUGAGCUGGAAAAACUGAAGUCCUGGAUUCUUACCAGGCUACCUGGGGAGACGGGGGCGCAAAAGGAGUGAAUCAAGAUUGAUUUGUUGCCGGGCCGGUGUGGCUCAGUGGAGUAAGCAUCGUCCCAUGAACU